UACCAGCCGCUAGAUGGCGUUACAUGUUAGUGAACUUUUGACGUGAACUUGACUAAACUUUUAAACAACUUAACCAAAAUACUUAAACUUUCCGUAGAUUUAACUGUGAUAUUGCGUUUAAUUUAAAUAAAAAUGUGUAUAAAUCGUCAUUAUAUUCUAUAAAUAUGUUUAAAUUAUUUCCUAGCACCAUCGUACGUUAUAAUGUGUGUGAACUUAAUGUCGACAAUAUCUAAGGAAUUUCAGUGAUUAAGGCGUUAUAAACAGAAAGAGGUAGGAGAAAUGUUAAGAAGAUGGCAGAGUUCUUGCCCCUGUGCGACGUGUUGUUCAACGUGAUCUCCCUCGCCGGCUACUUCUGCGACGUGGUGUUCGACCUCGUGAUGGGCUACGCUCUGCUGGAGCGAGGGUACAAGUGCACCUUCGCUGCCACCAUAUCCAUUGUCAUCACUUCGCUGCUCAUAUCACAGGUGCUCUCGUUGCGUUGGUACCUCCACGUGUGGUGGGCGAGCGAGGGGCGCAAGGACCGGCCGCCGUGGCUGCCCGUGCUGCUGCACUGCUUGCAGGUGGGGGUGCUGUGGCGGUACGCGCGCCUGCUCGUGCCCGUCGAGCUGAGACGAGUGAAGCACCAAGUCAGAGAUCUGUGUGAGUCGGUACACUGUCCUACUGCACGUGUGGGGCGAGCGAGGGGCGCAAGGACCGGCCGCCGUGGCUGCCCGUGCUGCUGCACUGCCUGCAGGUGGGGGUGCUGUGGCGGUACGCGCGCCUGCUCGUGCCCGUCGAGCUGAGACGAGUGAAGCACCAAGUCAGAGAUCUGUGCAUGCUCCGACUGGUGCACGCGUUCUGCGAGGCGGCGCCCAUGCUGCUGCUGCAGCUGCACAUCCUGCUGAAGGACGCGGACCUGCAGACAGCGAGCGAGCUGGCCGUCGCCGACCCCACCGUGGAUGAGCCAUCAGCAAACAAAGCGUUUGCGGAGCUGAACGUGAUAUCGGCGUCGCUGUCGCUGUUCUCGGUGUGCUGGGCGCUGGCCAGCUUCAGCAAGAACGUGCGGCUGCAGAACGUGCACCGCCUCGUGCUCACCUGGCUCGGGGUCAUCUUUCAGUUCCUGUGGCGGCUGGGGACCGUGUCGGCGCGUAUCUGCGCACUCAGCGUGUACGCUCUAGUCUACGAGUAUUGGGUGUUCUUAGUUAUAGGUCUGCACUGGGUGUCGAUGUUCCUGUGGCUGAUAUCGCCCAAGAACGUGUUCCACGGCGAGCGCAUCAGCCGCCCGCGCAAGGCGUACCUGUCCGCGCUCAUCGCCUUCGUCUACGUGUUCGCGUACAUCAACCUGCAGGAGCACAACCAUAGGCAGAAGAUGGUUGUGUUCUACUGCGUGAUGUGCGUCGAGAACUGCGUGCUGGUGACGGCGUGGUGGUGGUCGUGGCGCGGCGCCUUGAGGCCUUCCGCGCUGGCGGCCUCCGCGGCCUCCGCCACGCUCGCGGGCCUCGCCUUCAUGUUGCUCUACUAUAGAUACUUCCACGUGAGGCGGCUGGGCUACAUGCUGGGCGAGCACCAGCAGGGCACCAACAGCACCAGCGCGUCCUCACAACACAAACACGGUAAAGCGAGUCAGGGUGACAACGCGGCUAUACCGGGCGUGUUCAACUGUAGAUUUUCCAACCCAGUCAACAAUAGCGCAGCAAACGGGCGCAAGAAGAAAAAGCCGACGUCAUUCGUGCCCCCGCCCGCCGCGCCCCCCGCCGCCUUCUGGAGGCGCCCUCUGCCCGCCGCGCACAAUCAUCACGGCGGCUCGUCAGAGAACGAGGGAUCAAGCGUCGGCUCCCGAGUGAACAUCCAGCAGAAGUUGCAGGAGAAGAAGCAGAAGCAACUCGCGGAACUUAGAGUGAUCGAAGAAGAAAUAAAGCAAGGGAAACUAGCGAAAACCACACCAGUCGCCGCCGAAGAAAUAUACAGCAGUCUGCAACGACAACCCAUACCCAGGGCGAAAACACACGCGGAACCACCCGCCUGGUCCAGCAUAGAAAUGGCCCACUCGUACCAGAAUUACCCCGUCUUACCCCACACGUGCAAUCUCUACCCCACCUACACGGAAAUAAAACCUGAAUACAACACCCCAAACUUCCAAAACAGCGACGCGAACAAAGAUAUGAAACUGCGUCAAAACAUCUACAAUCAAGACUCUAGAUCAUUCUACGAGAAUCCUUCCAAUCUACGAAACGAAACCCCGCGAACUCCCUUAAGAUCCCCGAAUUAUUUAGUCCCCGAGAACAGAAAAUACGAGUCCAAUGUACAAUGUCGGAGUCCUAGAAAUGUUCUAAACAACAGUCCUAGAAAUUAUCUGCCCGACGUUAGUGCGAACAAUUACGAAACGCAAAACAAUGCCAGAUCGGUGCAGAACAACUCCAGCAUAUACUCCGAAGACCAUAGACAAAGCAUAGCGGAGUUCUCCGGCUAUUGUGAGGACACUGGCCAGAAUGUCUAUGGGAAAUACGGGGACGCCAAAGAGGAGUAUGUGUCUUUGCACAACGCUUUGGCGAACGUGCAAAACAUAGACAAUAUGAGGGGGAUUUACAACGAAGUGGGGUGUUCGCAGUACGGACAGAAUUGUGAAAGGGUGUACCCCUACCAGUUGGGGGGGAAGAAGAUGGAGCAGAUGAGGAAGAUACAAAGGUGUCGCACCCCAGAGAUAUUGUUGGCGCCGCAUUAUCUUGAGGGAUGUAAUAGACAAGUUUGUUGCAAUUGGGGAGCUCCUUACACGAAUAGAAAGAAAGAGGAGAGUGGCGGAGCGUCGGGCGGCGUGAGCAGUGCGGGCGGUACGGGGGGAGCGGGGGGCGCGGCGCGGAGCAGCGGCUCGGAGUCGGAGCACGCACCCAACAGGGACACGCCGCGCGCGCCCAGCGACAUCGACAGCCAGAUAUCGCUGCCGCGCUCGUACACGCUGCCGCGCGAGUUCCGCUACUGGCGGCGCCGGCCGCGGCUGCGCGACGCGCACGUGCCCAGCAACAACAGCAGCGACGGUGACGUGGACAGCGCAGACAACGACAGCGACCGUCGCAGCAACUGCUCGGCGUCGUCGCAGCUGCAGCCGCCGACGUUCGGCGACGCGUUCCCCUACAGCCGGCCCGACAUGCUGCCGCGACAAGACGAGCGCUACGCCGAGACCGCGUACGGCGCGUGCCCGGACCGGCGCCGGCGCGGCCUGAGGAAACAGGCGCCCAAGCCGGAGACUAAACUCUAACGAACAUAUAUAAACAUAGAUAAAGACUUCAACCUUAAUUUUCUUCAUAGUAAAGUGAACUUUAAAUAGUAGUGAUUUGGUCCACUUUUUGAAAAUUAUGGUUUAAACUUUGACCUCAUAUAAUAAAAGGACGCACCAUCAUGACUAUAUUUAUAAACAUAGAUAAUGACUUCAACCUCAAUUUUGUUCAUAGUAAAGUGAACUUUAUGUAGUAGUGAUUAUGUCCACUUUUUGAAAAUUGAGGUUUAAACAUUGACCUCCUAUAAUAAAUGGACGCACAAUCGUGUAGAAAAAUUCACUUAAAAACUGGCCAAUUUUGCUUUGACAGUUUUAGAAUUAUUGGUAAUGAAAAUUAAAAGGCCUUUAAAUAUAGUCCAGUAUUCACUAAAAUCCCAAAUUCAGAGCAAAUUCAACUUUAAGGAUUGAGUUUAAGGUUGAAUUUGCAAGUGCGACUACUUGAAUUGAGUGCCAAGAAUUUGUGUUUGGCACUCAUUGAGUGGGGGCGUUUUUUGGUCGCUUAUUGUGCAUCCACUUUUUAAUAGGAGCACAUCGCUACUCCUACUCGGCUCACUUCAGGACUUCGUCGAAGCGAGUAUGUAGUGCAUAGUGAUGUUGCUUCACAAUACAGUUGAGGCCUGCGCUGGAACCCGGUAUCUGACGUCACCCGGACGUGGGCUUUUUAACCGACUUCCAAAAAAGGAGCCUCUCAAUUCGAAGUGUAUGUUUUUUUAAUGUUUAUUACCUCAUUAUUCCGUCAGUUAUUAACCAAUUUUGAAGACUUUUUUUUUUGUUAAAAAGAGUAUACUUCCGGAUUGGUCCCAUUUAAUUUUUACGAAAAUAUUGUUAAGCUAUUUUCGUAAAAAUAUUUUUUUUGUAAAAUGAAAAUAACUGAAAUAAGCGAACGAUGUUGUCCAUACUGUAGCGUUUACGGUCACUGCUAGGACACACUAAAAACAGAAAAAUUAAGUAUUUUUAGCAAAAGAAUUUAGCCGACAAACAGGCUUUUAAAGUUUGUUUUGUUGGCACCGCCUUGCAACCGAUCAAUAGAUACGAGGACAUCGAUACGAUGGUAUUUUUCUCUUUUUAGAGUAAUUUAUCUUUGAAGUUGGUUCAAUUUUAACUCACAAUCUCGGGGAACGCCUGGAUUGAUACUCUCAGGCCAAAAUACCUUUUCCGAACGGCCCUCUAAGCCGAGGUCAGUCUCAGAGACAGCCUAGUCGUCCUUAGUCGUCCCGCCCAUCUAAGGGUACUUCACUUCUGCCUUCGGGUUACAUCAGGCGAUGCUUCUACGCUCAAAGAUGAGGUCCUAUUAAGGAGCCUACGCCAUCUUUAUUUGGUAAUCGUUGAGUAUAUUUACCCUCCGAUCCCAACCGCUUAUAUUUUUAAUCGCGAUAUGGCAGAAUAAGGUUUGCUGUGCCAACUAGCUGAUAGAUAUAUGAAAAUGAAUCGCCUUUUUGCUCAUCAACUAAUUUGUAAAGUCACAUUUUAUAAAUGGUAUUUAAAUAAACUUUAUAGGGUUAACAGCAUUGUAAACUUUGUAUUAUUGUAUAUACACUUGUAUAUUUAAUGUAUUUUUGUAUAGAGGAUGAGAAGUGUGAGAUAAAUAAAAACAUGAUAUGGA